AGCCCCCCGGGAUGGCACAGCACUUCUGACACCUCCCCUGAGGGACUGGGGGAGCACCUCAGGAGAGCAUGUCCCAGGCUGGUGGUAGCCCCCGGGCAGAGGACCCAGGGCCGUGUAGCAGGGCACACUCCCGCACCCCGAGCCGGGGCAGCCAGCGGCUCGAGUGCAUCAUCUGCUUCUGCUCCUACGACCUGAGCAGCCGCCUGCCCCGACGGCUUUACUGCGGUCACACCUUCUGCCAAGCCUGUCUGAAGCGUUUGGAUGCCGUGGCCAACGAGCAGCGCUGGAUCCCUUGCCCGCAGUGCCGCCAAAACACCCCCACGCCCCGCGGCGGGGUCGCCAUGCUCGACCUCGACCUGGCCACCUUCCUCAUCGUCAAGGCUGACAAGGAGCAUCCCCGGGGGGCCGGCAGGUCCCAGCCUGACUCGGCCACCAAAGGCUCAGGCAAGGAGAAGGUGGUGACCCAGCAGCCGGCGGGGCUGUGCCAAGAGCCGGUGCCUCCUGUGCUGUUCCCCCGGCGUGGCUGCUGCCGGCCCUGCCUGUGCUGCGGGGUGACAGCCACCUUCGAGAGCUGA